AUGUUUCCUUGGUCUGCUACGUUCACUCUGGAGCCCCAGCGUCCUAGUCAGCGCUCGCCUGCAGAGAUGGUAACCCAUACACUCAUGCAGGAGCUGGGCUCUUUGCUGAAACGCACAGAACGUCUAUGUCUGGAUAGGACAUCCAAGAUUCGCAGACGCAGCUCUGGUGUGGACUACAGCUGGCUGGCAGUGACACAGCAGAAGCCCUCAUACGCGAUCACGCCUGGAAAGUUGUUAGAGCUUCAGGAACUCUGCUUAAAGAUCCCUCCGUCUCAGUGUGGCCCUGUCAUUCUCAGACUAAGGAAGUUGGUGACAGAGUUGGAACCAGAGGUGACAGAGGUGCCACGACUUUUCUACCUGGUAUUGUGUGACUGUCUGGAUGAGCAGCAUGAAGACUUAACAUUCAGGGAGACAUCUCAGCGGGCUCAGGCCAUCUUCUGGAGCCAGCAUCGUAGUAACAGCGCCUUCUCUAUUGGCCUUUCCUCACACCAGUGCCUCAAAAAACAUUCAAGCAGAGGAGCAGAAGGGCAGGACAGAGAGACACUGUUUGAGGAGGAUGGGGCCUGGGCCAAGGAUGAAGAGUUCAGAGUGGUGGUCCCACGUUGCCGGAGAGUCAGGAGCAUGCCUGAUUUUAGCGCCAUAGAGGAGAGUGCACAAACCUGA